AUGAUGUCUGGAUAUGGCUCAGACGGAUUGAGGGGGAAAGUAGAGAUAUCUUCCAAGCCUUACACGUCGACCAAUAACGCAAUCAAGACUUUGACCUUCAGUGUGGAAGCACACGCCACAGUUCAGACCAUCACCGACUUGAUCAACUCGAAGGGGCGCGAUAGAUACAAAUUAACCGCAGAGUGGGAGGGAUGCAGAUUCUGGAUCUAUACCUUCAUUAAAGAUCUAGAAUCUGUUGGUCUCACACCGGGAAGAAGUGGGAAAACUGUCUGGGAGGGUGUGGCUUACUACUGGCGCACUCCUAGCGGGUCCGAGCCCAGGGAAGUCAAGCAGGGAGUGUUUUACUAG